AUGUCGGCAUCUGGAACAUGGUCCGACUCUCGCCUAUCCUGGAACGAGAGCCUGUAUGGUCACAUCGAGGACAUCCACGUGCCCAUAACAAGUAUCUGGCGACCGGACAUCAUCCUUUAUAACGAUGUGACGGAGGAACAACGGACGCUGGACGCCUACAAAGCCCAAGUGAAGUCUGACGGCAGCGUCAAAUGGCUGGCGCCGGCGCUUUACCAGAGCUACUGCAAACUGGACGUCCAAUACUUCCCAAAGGACCUACAGGUGUGUCCCAUGAAGUUUGGCUCCUGGAGUUUUCAUGGAGAUCAUCUGAAUUUGGUGAACAUGACGGAAUAUGGCGACGUCUCCAAUUACGUCGCUAACGGAGAGUGGGAGCUGGUUGCCUUGCCAGUUGUCCGUCACGUCGUGACGUACCAAUGUUGCUCUGAGGCUUACCCGGAUGUGACGUUUUACUUCGUCAUGAGGAGGCGGAGUCUCUAUUACAUGUUCAAUAUCAUGGUGCCUUGCAUUUUUAUCGUAUCCAUCGCUCUGCUGACGUUUUACCUACCGCCAGAGUCUGGAGAGAAGGUUUCUCUUGUGGUCACGGUGUUGUUGGCGCUGACAGUGUUCAUGCUGCUAGUGGCAGAGAUUAUGCCUCCCCAAGCCGAUGCUAUACCGCUGAUAGCAAUUUAUUUUGGUUGUGCCAUUCUCCUGCUGUGCAUCUCCACAGCCAUGACAGUGAUGGUGAUGAACAUGCAGUACAGCGGGGCGCAUGGUGCACGUGCUCCUCCCUGGCUCAGGAGAAUCGUCCUUGGCAACUUAGCCAAGGCCAUGUGUCUUCAGAGACUGGUACAGCAAAACCUAGAAAACUGGAAUCCGUCAGAGGUGCAAGAUAAAGUCGUCCCUGCUGCAAACGGCAAAAUACCCAAGAAGGAUGAAGAAUACAUGACAACAGAAACACCAGCACAGAAAUUUACUUCAACGGCAAGCCUAUGCAGAACACCACAGAUACGCCCUCUUUCGGCGCCGUCAGAAAACAAGAAAGGAAACAACCAAGACAAUGAUACGUUGGCGAAAAUUUUACGGAGGUUGGAUGGGUUCGAGGAACAUUGGAAAAUGAAACGGCGUUACGACAUAUGCAAAAUGGAAUGGGAGUUAAUCGUAUUAGUAGUUGAUAGGAUGUUUCUUUUUCUUUUCUUCUUUAUGACAUUUGUGAUAAAUUUAAUAUUUCUCGCGUAUAAUCCCGAUACGAGUGAUUACAGCUUGGACGUUCAGUAGAUAUUCGCGUUAUAAACGUUUAUGUACUGACAAACAGAAGAAAAACGCCUAUGCAUCUUCCCAAGCCAUAUAUACAUGUGUAUAUAAUGUAAAUUUCAUGUCAAUAUAUCAGUGAUACUCAAGAAA